AUGAGUUCAACAACUUCUUCGGCCCCCUUCUCAAAGGCCGUCACCGGCGCAAUGCGUAAACUCUACCCAGAGGCGCUCGCCGACAAGAGCUGGGACAACACUGGUCUCCUUCUCGAAUCGCCUUUCGACCCCAUCCGUCGCCAGAUGAACUCGGCCCUCUUGACCAUUGACUUGACCAAGGCUGUCGCCGACGAAGCCAUUGAACGUGGAGACUCCAUCAUCGUAGCCUACCAUCCCAUCAUCUUCAGAGGUCUCAAGAGCUUGUCCCUAGCCGACACCCAACAACAAACCCUACUACGUCUGGCUGCCGAAGGCAUCAGCGUAUACAGUCCCCACACAGCCAUUGACUGCGCACCCGGUGGCCUAGGCGACUGGCUCGCCGACAUCGUCUCCGGCACCCCCAUGAGUGCAGAAGAACUGGCCGCCCAAGCAGAGCAAAAGCAAGAGGAGCUGAGCAAUCAAGAGCCAGAGACUCCCAGUCAACAACUGAAGCGACCUACUUUCCAACUUCAACACCACCCCAGUCAACUCAGCAUCAAGGACCGCACGCUCAAACUCGGCAAUGACACGCAUACUCGUCGUCCUAUCAAGCCUUCAUCCGUACCUGGAUACCAAAACACAACUGCCGGUAUGGGUCGCAUUGUGCGUUUCAACACCCCUCAGCCCUUGUUGGAGAUCAUCGACCGCAUUGGUCGUGGACUCGGAAACCCCAAGGGCUUUCCCAUCGCCAUCCCUCAAGGCAAGACCAUGGACGAGAUCGAUAUUUCCAGCGUCGCCAUCUGUGCCGGCUCUGGUGGAGGUGUGUUCGGCGGUCUAGGCAAGAACGGCGAGGAAGAUGUGGAUUUGCUGUUUACCGGUGAAUUGAGCCAUCAUGAAGCCUUGGCUGCAAUUGAGCAAGGCAAAUGCGUUAUCGCGUUGUUCCACUCAAACACCGAAAGAGGCUUCUUGCACGGAGUCUUGAGGCCUCAAUUGGAGAAGAGUGUUAAAGAGGAGUGGGAGCGUGUGAGAAAGGAAGAGAAGGGUAAGGCUGGUUUGAGCGAGGAUUACCUCGAGGCUCUUGAGGAUGAUCACGUCGAAAUUCAUGUUAGUGAGGUCGACCGUGAUCCUUACGGUAUCAUGAUUUCCAAGGAUGAGAUCUAG